UGCAGUAGUCAGGUGAUUGCGUAGGCCACAUGACCGGAGAUCAGUCAAGUCACAUGAGCACUGUUUACUUUAGCUUGCAAAUUCUGCAGUUCGUGAGACAGCAGUCCGGCGAGUUGCAAAAGAAGGGAUUUGGUCCUCCAACUAGACGUUGAGGAAAAAUGAGGCUUGUGAUCUUGGAGGACUAUGACCAGGCGAGUGAAUGGGCUGCCAAGUACAUUCGGAACCGAAUCGUCCAAUUCAGGCCGACCGCUGACAAAUACUUUACUUUGGGAUUACCCACAGGAGGCACUCCUCUUGGCUGUUACAAAAAGCUAAUCGAAUAUCACAAAAGUGGAGACCUGUCAUUCAAGUAUGUCAAAACAUUCAACAUGGAUGAGUACGUGGGGCUUCCGCGGAAUCACCCGGAAAGCUACCACUCCUACAUGUGGAACAACUUCUUCAAGCACAUCGACAUCGACCCCGCCAACGCCCACGUCCUGGACGGCAACGCGGACGACCUGCAGGCGGAGUGCCAAGACUUUGAGCGCAAAAUCGCGGAGGCUGGCGGGAUUGACCUCUUCGUUGGCGGCAUUGGGCCCGAUGGACACAUUGCCUUCAACGAGCCCGGCUCCAGCCUGGUCUCCCGGACCCGAGUGAAGACCCUGGCCCAGGACACCAUACUAGCCAACGCCAGGUUUUUCGGGAACGACUUGUCAAAGGUCCCCACCAUGGCUCUGACGGUCGGCGUUGGCACGGUGAUGGAUGCCCGAGAGGUGAUGAUUUUAAUAACGGGGGCCCACAAGGCCUUCGCCCUGUACAAAGCCAUCGAGGAGGGCGUGAACCACAUGUGGACCGUGUCGGCCUUUCAGCAGCACCCCCGCACCAUAUUCGUGUGUGACGAGGACGCCACCCUGGAGCUGAGGGUCAAAACGGUCAAGUACUUCAAAGCGCCCAGCGGGAGAGCAGAAACUGAUGAAUUGGCACGGUAGUGAAAGGGCUGAUGCAUGUACACAACAAGCUUGUGGACCCUGUGAGCACCGUGAAGGACUACAAGAACUGAGAGAACGUUUCAUUUAAUCGAUGUAACUGGCGCCUAACGCUGGGGUGAUGGUAGAGAAAAUCGAUGAGGUCAAGGCCUUAAUUCUUUUGUACUGUAAAGUGGAAAACUUUGGAGGGUGCGCAUUUAGGUCACUAUGGAGGGUGGGAACCUUAGGAUUCGCAUUUCAGUGUGCCCACUGUCCAGUCAAAUUCUUCAUCCGUUCAUUUCAAAGUGAAUUUUUCAUAACACAUUUCAGUGGGUCACCUUAAGGGAUGCCAAAAAAAAACAAACAAAAAAAAAAACACCCCCCACAUUUCAAAGCCUUUACUGUCGUGUAAGAAACGGCUGGUUCUGUGGAGGCCAGGAAAGACCUUUUGUUAGACCAGGGGUAACCAACCCUGUUCCUGGAAAUCGACUGUCCAACCCUAACAAAGCGCUCUCCUUUCAUCAGCUGGACAUCUGCUGAUAGGUGGAGUCAGGUGUGCCAAAUUAGGAUUGAAAUGAAACCCUACAGGAUGGUGAAUCUCCAGGAACAGGGUUGGCAACCCUUGGGUGAACCAAUCAAGCAUUCAUCAGUCAGCACAGUGAUGGCAGCCUGCCGAAUGUAAGCUUGAUGCAACAACCUAAGCACUUUAUUCGUCUAAGGAUAGUAUAAUUUCCCCUAAGAACUCAGAAUGGGAUCCAUUUAUUGGCUGUUGAAAAGUAAGGACAAACCUGGGUGCCAAUUAAAUGGUGUUGAAUCUCUGAAGUGUAUCUGAAGGUGUGGUAUGGGCAAGGCCAGAAUUUCUGCACAUUCCUUACAGUCCAUUCCCUUGCCCAGUUCCUCGUCCACCCCCCUCCCCCUUCCCCCUUCCCCCUUCCCCCCUGCUCUCUCUCUCUCUCUCCCUCCAUCCAUUUUCCUUAAUCUGAACGCAAUACAGCAGUAGCAGCAGCAGCACUUGCCGGCUGAUAUGCAACAUUCUGUCAACGUUGUCACCACCCUGGAGAGGUUCUGAGAGCGUUGCGUUUCCAUGGUGCUGGGUGUAAUCAGUGCUGUUGUGUGUUGUCAUGGUAUUGCAUUCGUACGGAACUGUUACACAUUAAAAAUCUCACUGUGGAGUGUUCUCGCUAUGGGUAUGCUAAGUUUUUUUUUUGUUGUUUGUUUGUUGUUUUUUAAACCUUUUCGAAACGUUUUAUAUCAGAGUCGGUAUGGUAUAUUCCUUUAUGCCCUGUUGCUCUUGGCAAACCAUUGCCUAUCCUUCAAAUAGCCUUAAAACUUAUUGGAUUUCCUUUCACAUGCAUGCUACCAUACCCACAAAAAAAAAAGUUUUGUACUGUAAGAAUGUCUUUCAGUUGCAAGCGUUUAAUAAAGAAAUGGCUUGCUAACCACA